AUUGUCAUGGUUAAAAUGUUGCUUCUCUUCAUAGUUUUAGCUGCUGGCGUUGGCUUGCAUGCUAAGGGCCUGGUUUUAUCCGCGCCCGAGUCUUAUGACUUUGCAAUAUCAUCAGAAUCUCAAUUGUCAUUGUUGAAGUUGAGAGAAACACAAGUUAAAAAUCUACAAAAUUAUAACGAAGUGUUAAAGAAGCACUUAAAAAAAAUUAGGCUAGCCAUAAAAUAUUCAGAAGAUCUGCUGAAAACACCGGCGCAUAACUUAUUGCUUGACUUUAAAGUUUUGAGACACAUGUACACGAAUUGGCCCCAAUACCUUAACAUUUUAAAAAAAGAACUGGGGUCCAAAGAAAUUUUGAUUUCUCAAGACUUAUUGAUGCAGCAACCAACGUCCGUGGACUUUGAGGAAUCUUUGGAUGCUAUCUAUAGACUCCAAACAGUAUAUAACUUAGACUCGUAUGACAUGGCAGAAGGAAUAUUAGAUGGCAAAGAAUACAAAGUCAAGAAAUGGAGUAUUGAUGAGUGUCUUAUACUUGGUCUAAUGUAUCAAUACUUAAAACACUACAAUGAAUCGGAAAAUUGGUUGCAACUGGCUCUCUAUUAUUACGAGGACCAUCCCAAUCGGGAGGAGCUAAAAAUUAAGCUUUGGGAACAUUCCAACUUGUUGGAAUCUCUGGUGGAGGCCAACAAGGGACUUGGGCGCUACUUGGAAGCCAAGAAAUUUGCGCAAGACUUGCUUUCAAUUCUUCCUAAUCACAGUUAUAUGCUGAAGCAACUGCCGAGGCUUGAAUAUUUGCAAGCGAAUCCCAGCAAACUUACGAAUCCCAAGAAAGGUCAUCAGCUUCAGAAGGAAAUAUGCUCAAAGCGUUAUCGCAAACCAAACACGAAUCUUGUUUGUCGUUAUGUGGAUUGGAACCCAUUCCUACAAUUGGCGCCCUUAAAAAUGGAGGAGUUGUCAAUAGAGACCCAUAUAAGUAUUUUUCAUGGGUUCCUGGGUAAAAAGGAUGUAGAAACACUAAAGAACGCGUCCAGACCAAAACUUCAACGUAACGAACACCUAUCAUGGAAUUGCAGUUGCAAAAUCGGAAAUCUAUCCAGUUCUUCGCAUGAUAUUGCUCGCAAAAUAAAUGAUCUAAUAAUCGAUAUCACCGGAUUUCCACCGAAAGGAAAUCAAAUGCUAGAAGUCAUCAAUUAUGGUAUUGCUGGAAAUUACAAUCCCGAUGACACUGCCAAAUCCACGAGUCCCAACAAAGCAAACGCUUUGAUAUUUUUGAGCAAUGCUGAAAGAGGCGGAGAAAUAGUUUUUCCAUCUCGUCAGCUAAAAGUGAAACCUCGGAAGGGUUCCAUGCUAGUUUGGGUAAACCCCAAGGGAAGCGUUAUAUAUCAUCAGUGCCCGAUCCUAAAGGGAAAUAUGUGGGUGGCUAACAAAGUGCUGAACUGACCUUUGAAUUCCAUUGUGUUCCAUAAACAUAUGUUCAUUACAAUUUGAGCUCUUGGCAUUUUCUGAGUUAUUACCAAGUCUGUACAGGUCUAUAAAUAUUUGAUAUCAAAAUAAAUUCCAUCCGAACCAAA